UAGACUGACCGCAGAUGAACCGGGAUGGCCGGGGGUCGGCGAGGACUAGUGGCCCCUCAGAAUACUUUUCUAGAGAACAUUGUCCGGAGAUCCAACGACACCAAUUUUGUUUUGGGGAAUGCCCAGAUUGUGGACUGGCCCAUUGUCUACAGCAACGAUGGAUUCUGCAAGCUGUCGGGGUAUCAUCGAGCUGAAGUCAUGCAGAAGAGCAGCACUUGCAGCUUCAUGUAUGGUGAACUCACAGACAAGGAGACGUCUGUGAAAGUGCGGCAGACCUUCGAGAACUAUGAGAUGAACUCUUUUGAAAUUCUCAUGUACAAGAAGAACCGAAUGCCGGUCUGGUUCUUUGUGAAGAUUGCACCCAUCUGUAAUGAGCAGGAUAAAGUGGUGCUCUUCCUGUGCACGUUUAAUGACAUCACUGCAUUCAAGCAGCCGAUUGAAGACGAUUCAUCUAAAGGAUGGGGUAAAUUUGCCCGUUUAACUCGGGCAUUGACGAGCAGUCGUGGCGUCAUUCAGCAGCUGGCUCCCACCGUUCAUAAAGGAGAGAACGUCCAUAAGCACUCUCGACUGGCUGAGGUAUUGCAGUUGGGUUCAGACAUUCUCCCUCAGUACAAACAAGAGACGCCCAAAACCCCGCCCCACAUCAUCCUACAUUAUUGCACCUUUAAGACCACUUGGGAUUGGGUGAUCCUCAUCCUCACCUUCUACACAGCCAUCAUGGUGCCCUACAACGUCUCCUUCAAAACCAAGCAGAACAACGUCACCUGGCUGGUGGUGGACAGCAUCGUGGAUGUAAUAUUCCUAGUGGAUAUUGUCCUGAAUUUUCAUACAACUUUUGUGGGUCCAGCUGGGGAGGUCAUAUCAGACCCAAAGCUCAUCCGCAUGAACUAUGUGAAGACCUGGUUUGUCAUCGACUUGUUGUCCUGCCUUCCCUACGAUGUCAUUAAUGCUUUUGAGAAUGUAGAUGAGGGCAUCAGCAGUCUCUUCAGCUCUCUGAAGGUGGUGCGCUUGCUCCGUUUGGGUCGCGUGGCCCGAAAGCUGGACCAUUAUAUCGAAUACGGUGCUGCCGUGCUGGUACUUCUCGUAUGUGUGUUCGGCCUGGCUGCCCACUGGCUGGCCUGCAUCUGGUACAGCAUCGGAGACUACGAGGUCAUCGACGAGGAGGCCAACGUGGUGCGCACAGACAGCUGGCUGUAUAUGCUGGGCCAGGCGGUGGGUACACCAUACCGCUUUAAUAUCAGUGGCACGGGCAAGUGGGAGGGCGGCCCCAGCAAGGACUCGGUAUACAUCACCUCGCUGUACUUCACCAUGACCAGUCUGACCAGCAUCGGCUUCGGCAACAUCGCCCCCACUACAGAUGGGGAGAAGAUAUUCGCUGUGGCCAUGAUGAUGAUCGGAUCCCUUCUCUAUGCCACCAUCUUCGGUAACGUGACCACCAUCUUCCAGCAGAUGUACGCCAACACCAACCGCUACCACGAGAUGCUGAACAGUGUGAGAGAUUUCCUGAAGCUCUACCAGGUCCCUAAGGGGCUAAGUGAGAGAGUCAUGGACUACAUUGUUUCCACUUGGUCCAUGUCCAGAGGAAUCGACACUGACAAGGUAUUGCAGAUCUGCCCGAAGGAUAUGCGAGCGGAUAUCUGUGUCCAUCUCAACAGGAAGGUGUUCAAGGAGCACCCUGCUUUCCGCUUGGCUAGUGAUGGGUGUUUGAGAGCUCUCGCUAUGGAGUUCCAGACCAUCCACAGUGCGCCGGGAGACCUCAUCUAUCAUGCCGGAGAAAGUGUGGACAGCCUCUGUUUUGUGGUGUCUGGAUCCUUAGAGGUCAUUCAGGAUGAUGAGGUGGUUGCCAUCUUGGGAAAAGGUGAUGUGUUUGGAGAUGUAUUCUGGAAGGAAGUGAAUUUAGCACAAGCCUGCGCUAACGUCCGCGCUCUUACUUACUGUGACCUUCAUGUCAUCAAGCGCGACGCCCUACAGAAAGUGCUGGAGUUCUACACGGCCUUUUCCAACCACUUUGCUCGAAACCUGGUUCUCACCUACAAUCUGAGGAAGAGGAUAAUCUUCCGGAAGAUCAGCGAUGUGAAGCAUGAGGAAGAAGAGAUGCGGAAGAGGAAGGACGAAGCUCCCCUCAACCUCCCUGCCGACCAUCCGGUGCGUCGUCUGUUCCAGCGCUUCCGGCAACAGAAGGAGGCUCGGCUGGCAGCAGCGAGAGUCAGUCACUUAGACGCGGACGUCGAGAGAGGGUUAGUCCACAUGGAAAAGACCAUGGUCCAUGAGGUCAGCGCUUCAUCCAGUGUUGUCACAGUAACUGAGAGUCUAGCGGCUCCUGUUGCCUCUUCCUCGUCCUGCUCUUCCUCACAGACCUCAAACAGAGCCAGACUCGAUGCUCCUGUUGACUCUGGAGCCAAUAAAACCAUAAGUAAAUCUUCGGAACCCACUAAACCUAAAACUUGUGGUCGGUUUAAGGAAGCCGCAGGAAAGUUGGAACUCUCCUGGAACUCAGUUUCCAAGGCUGAAUCCAUGGAGACUCUUCCAGACAGGACUAAGCUGCAAGACGACCUUUCACUAAAGAAAACAGACUCCUGUGAUAGUGGCAUUACAAAGAGCGAUCUAAGGCUGGAUAACGUGGGUGAAGGAAGCGUCCGAACCCCUCAGGAGCGCAGCCCCAUGCAGGCGGAGGGGAAACGACCUUUCUACCCCAUUCCUGAAUACAGCCUUCAGGCUUCUGUGCUAGAGCUGAAGCAGGAGCUGAAAGGAGACAUCCACUUACUGAGUAGCCGUAUGGCCAUGUUGGAGGCUCAGCUAGCUGAGAUGCUAACACUUCUUAAAGCAAGAAAGACCUCAGGAAAGACUGCACGUCUGUACGAGUUAUCACAACCCGGGACGCCAGAUUCAGACAAGGAGAAUGAAAUGUUCUAG